UCAACGGCCCCCCCUUUCCCUCCGCCAGAAAAAAGUAAGCGUUAAACUUCCGUUCAGUCUAUGUGGACUGAUGAAAUGUAGGAAAUCUGUUUCUGGCGAGGGGAAAAAAAAGGUUUCCCAAAGAGAGCACCAAGUAGAGAGAGAGAUCAGAAGUAUGAAGAGUGGCAGUAGUGCUGCUGCUGCCGGGCUGCUCAGGCGAGGAAAGCAGGACGGACUGCAAGAGAAGAGCUUUGGGGCAUCGCGCACAGAAAAGAUAUUUGACAACAUGCAUACCAAGGUAGCACCAGUGGUUAAAAGAUGUGCACCUCCCUCAGCCCAAAGGCCCGAGGCCCUGGCCUCUCCGAUAUGCACCAGUAUAGCCAGUGGCUGGCUAGCAGACAUGAGGCUAACUUGUUGCCGAUGAAGGAGGAUUUGGCCCUGUGGCUGACAAAUCUGCUGGGAAAGGAAAUAACAGCUGAGACCUUCAUGGAGAAAUUGGAUAAUGGGGCUUUGCUCUGUCGGCUAGCGGAGACUUUACAGGAGAAAUUUAAAGAAAACUGCAUUGAGGUCAACAAGAUUAGAAAGAUAAUGCCGGUGAGGAGAAUCCCAUGCAAAGCCAAUGCACCACCUGGAUCAUUUUUUGCACGGGACAAUACAGCAAAUUUCUUAUCCUGGUGCAGAGAUGUGGGAGUAGACGAUACCUGUCUAUUUGAAUCUGAAGGUUUGGUCCUCCACAAGCAGCCCAGAGAAGUGUGCCUUUGUUUGCUCGAACUUGGAAGGAUUGCUGCAAGGUUUGGCGUGGAGCCUCCUGGAUUAAUAAAACUGGAGAAAGAGAUUGAGCAAGAAGAAACACUUUCAACCCCUCUUCCGUCCCCCUCCCCCUCCCCCUCAAAGUCGCCUGGCAAAAAGAGCACAGGGAAACUUCUGGAUGAUGCGGUCAAACAUAUUUCUGAAGAUCCUCCUUGUAAAUGCCCUAGUAAAUUUUGUGUGGAGCGUCUUUCACAAGGAAGAUACAGAGUUGGAGAAAAGAUCCUUUUCAUCAGGAUGCUACACAACAAGCAUGUGAUGGUUCGCGUAGGAGGCGGCUGGGAGACGUUUGCCGGGUAUUUGCUGAAACACGACCCGUGCCGAAUGCUGCAGAUUUCCCGAGUGGAUGGGAAAACAUCUCCGAUCCAGAACAAGUCUCCAACCAUCAAGGAUAUGAACCCAGACAGCUACUUGGUUGUUUCUGCCCAUUACAAAACCAAAAAGGAGAUUAAGUGAAAUGUUCAUUCGGGAUUCUGUAUAUGUAGGCCCAUGCUAUCUUCUCAAAUGUAGUUUCAUUAGUUGGUGCUUUAAAAGGACUCCUGAAAAUUACAUGCAGACUGGAAAUGGCAACCCAUUUUGUGGGUUGUUGAACUGUAGAACUAUUUAUUUCUAGUGCUGUUCCUUUUUAUAGCAAGUUACCCUCGAUAGGUUAAUUACUACAAUCUGAUUUUUAAAAAACAGACAUAUAUUUUUAGCCAAAUUAUUACUCUAUGAAUGUAUUCUUAGAAUGACUUAUGAGUCACAUUAAAGUAACAAAAUGUGAUAUAUUUGUACGAAAAACAUCUAUAAUUCUCAAUUAUUUGCCCUAAUUCAGAGCUCUGUGGUUAACCUCAUUAUUGGCAUCCAAAAAGCUCCAGGUUCACCUCCAGUUACAAAAAAAGAAAAAAGCUGGGUAGCAGAUGAGAAAAACCUCUGUCUGAGACCUUGGAGAUAUAUUGCCAGUCAGAGUAGACACUGCUGAGCCAGAUAGAUAUAAGGCAGCUUUCCCUGUUCUGACACACACUGUGAACUCCUCUGUUUACAGGCUGCCUCAUUCAUAGAUGAGACCUGAUUUUUUUUUAAUGCAUUCUUCUGUGCACUUCAUCAACCCCCACACUCCCUGCAAUGAAUGGGAUACUCUUACAGGCAAGAGAAUGCCAUACUUGCAUCACAUAGCUCUAGGCCUUUCAGCAGCUGCUGUGCCAGUGUGUUUACUGCAUAAGAAGGUAGAUAACUGGUGGGAAAUGCCUGUAUAUUGUCUUAAUAUACGGCCUUUCCUAACUGGUGAAAGAAACAAGCAGCAAGCAUGUAUAGGUUUGAAAACAAAAGAGCAGCCUCCAUAGAAUGCAUGCAUGUGUGCCAUUGAAAGCAACAUUAAGAUUAUUUUUCUCCUCCCCUGCUAUAAUCUGUUUUAAGAUGUUUCAAUAUGGUUCAUGUAUGCUUUUGGUUCCUAAGCUGCAUAUAACACCAGAUAUUGACGAGGUGGCAAUGCGCUGUUGGACUACAAGUCAAAUGCCACGUGGGAUUCCCCAUUCACCUCACCCUUUACUCUCUAAACCAGUGAUGCUGUUGCAAAGCAAGCUAUCUCAAGUGACUGCAUCAGAGGUAUGCAUUAGGUGAAUCGAAAGACAGUAACCAUAUUUACAUCUGGACAACAGAAAGGCUAAAGCUGGCCUUGACAAUGAUAGAGAAGAGUGCCUUGGAAUUAUAACAGGGAUGGGGAGCCUGUAUCCUCCAAAUGUUAUUGGGACUAAAACUCCCAUCAUCCUUGACCCUUGGCCAUGCUGGCUGGGACCGAUGAAAGUUGGAAUCCAACAAUAUCUGGAGGACCACAUGCCCUUAGUAUAAAGAGCUAAAGAGCUUCAGAUUGGCCAACAAUUUGGAAUGGUAAGACUCACGAGCGUGUUUCAUAGCUUUAAGUUACAGCUAAAAGCCUAAGUCCAUUCAGAUUUGUUUUCCAUAGUAAGUGCUAAAGAACAUCUGUAUAUCUUUUUGACAUAGGAAUGAUUCCUGACAGUCAUUCUUCCCCAAGGAUAGGAAGCCGGUAGCCCCCCUGGUGUCAUUGGACUACAACUCCCAUCAUCCUCAACCACUAGCUAGGCCUAGUGCGAAUUGAGAACCCAACAUAUGAAGGUGCACAGCUUCCCCCUCCCUGUUCUGAAACUUCCAAACUUGACAUGCGAAUGCAAUCACCAGUAGUACUCCCAUGUAUCUGCUGUUUGGGUGCUUGGUAUUUGCCUUUAGAUUAGCUCUUCCUGGCUGUUGUGCUUGAAGGGUAACAGUAUAGCUUUAGGUGGUUAUAGAAAUGUAUAGGCAGUUAUAGACCAUUGUCCCACUGUGUGAUGGUGGGAUAUUCUCUGCCGCUGGAUUUAGUUAUGUUUUUGAGCAUAUUGAAUAAAAUAUGAAAAUACUACAUGCAUUCUCUGUAGAUAAAUGUUGGGGAGUGGUUAUGUUACACAUCUCCGUGAUAUAUAGGAAUGCUAAGGUUUUGGAUUAUUGGUUUUGCUAAUUUUCUUUUGUCUAUACUUGACAACUUUUGUGCCUUUCCUAGAAAAAUCAUUGUUCGAGGAUUAUUUGAAUGAUGACUGUAUAAAUUUGAGCUGAAAUCACAUGGUGCAUUAGAAAUAAACAGAUACUUUUAAAAAAACAAACUCUCAGUGGUUCAUUGCAACGUAUUGCUCUCACAAACAAGUAGAGACUGACCUAAACCUAGUCAGAUUUUGCAGUGUUUGGGGGGCUAAACACUUUCCAUGAGCAUUACCUAUUUAUUUUAUAUACCAGGGCUCACGAGG